AUGAUUUUAUCACUCGGAGCCAGGGAUCAGUUCGAGAUCGCUCCCAUACUGGGGGUGUUAGUAGGGGUGGUGACGGCUCUUCUGCUCGUAUCGGUGUUGAUUGUAGCCGCCUUAAAAAUUCGAUCUACUCGGAACAGCGGCUCACACGCACUAAGGCCCGGAUUUUUGGCCGUCAAAGAAAAAGCUACUCUACCCUUGAGAUCCGAAUCCGAAGAUUUGUUUGAAAAGGAUGAUAAGAACCCUGACAUCAUACCUGCUAACAAAGACUCGGACUAUCAACUGGGGUCAGCUGCACAAACUCCUGGACUGAAUAAUUCAACGGCGUCCGCUAACUAUCAAAUGCCGCAGAGUCAACACAUUACACCCAUAUCGGAAGCUUACCUAGCCAGGGACCAAACCUACUCGCCACAAGCGACCAAUAAAGAAGUAACUUACGCGGAACUGCAACUGGUUCGGCCCAACUCUCUAGAACCGCUUCGUAACGGAGAUAAUCAAUGCGGUGGCGGGAUGGUUAACAAAGAGAAUUCUGUAAUCUACGCCCAAAUUGAUCAUACGAAAAGGGCCCCCCCAGGCUCGCUACGGAUGUCUGUCACAUCACCCCUGACUUCGCCCGUUUCCUCUCUCUUCUGCCCGAUUAAACCCACCGCAUACCACAGAGAAAUCGUAACGGUAAGAACCCCUUUGAUGGGAUGUCAGCAGGAGAGCUGUGUUUGACUUUAACGGUUUCGAACGGUUCUACCUACCACGUGGUGGUUUUGGAUUUAUCAAAGUGCGUGUGUUGUUUUGUAAACUCGCAGUGUAAUAUUAUAUAAUUAUAGACAAAAAAUAAUUGAAAACUGAAGAGCCGAUUUUAACCGCUGCGCCGGUUUUUGUUCCAAGUUCUUUAAUUGUUUUCUUCGGUGAAUGAUAAAUAUAGAAACUGAUACUGUUACGAAAAAGGUUUUGAAGAGGGCCCAAUCUAUUCAGAGAAACUGUAGAACGUCGUUUAAUGAAAUUAUAUAGAAGUCUAACGUACUAUUUAUUACUUAAGUAAGUGUAAAUACCUAAACUAAUAAGUUACCAACUAACUCAAAUUUUUUCAUCAGUACUACUCAAAGUACUCCCUAUUUAAUACAACUGUUAAAUAGUCGUGAUUGGGAAUAAUAAUGAUAAUGAAACACGUUAAUAUUUUCUACUAACAUAUCAGUUUGAGUGUGAACUUAUAUAUUUGUAAAUGAAAAUGUUGCUUGGAUUUCGAAUCAACCCUUAAUGUUCAAGUAGGUAUCAUUUUUUAUUUGUUGUAUUUUUCAAUCAUAGACAACGAAGCUUUCUACCUUAACAUCACUGUUAGAUAUUCGACAAGAAAUUUCUAAAUCUGGAAGUCCCGAUUCCAAAUUGUUUUAGUUUCUGCAGAAUUGGUAAGUGGAUUUAUAUUUUCUUUUUCUAAUCUACCUUGACCUCAACUGAACAUUUCGCUUACUCGUUUGAGUUUUUUCAAGUUAAAUAUUGAAACAACAACUGAAGUAACAUUACAUAACUUUAAAAUAGGAAACGAAUGGACAAUAUCUUUAACUAAAUUUCUUGUUAAGUUAGAUCUUGACAAAUAUCUCGUAAAAACUCAGAACGAGUGACAUAUCUAUUAUAAUCUACUAAAGGUUAUUUACCUGAAAA